GCGACCUAUUGUUUCCUUUAUCCCAUCUUGGAUCAGAUUGUUCUAUCUUUCUAUCUAUGGAAAUCCUUCAAAAUCAUGCCUGAAUACUUCAUUUCAUGUGGCAGGCUUGAGUUUGACUCUCGCUACUGGACGGAGAGCGGACACACGUUUUUACCUCGGUUUACUCAACACACCCAGACCCUCCACACAGCUAUGGAGCAAGAGCCUGCAGAGGAGACUGAGACUCAGGGAGUUCCUCCGGAUGCCGAGCUGGCAGCAGCUAUUAUGAAAAGACAUUUUCGACCAUCUCUGAUUAAAUCCGAAGCGUGGGAGGGAUAUAAAUUUGCCAAUCUGGAGAUUAAAAUCAAAGAGUCGACUGAUUGUUACGGUGCUGUGCUGUGGCCCUCAGCCAUGGUGUUGUGUCAUUUUCUUGACAUGCAUCAGGAAAAAUAUAACCUUCUAGACAAGAAAGUCAUUGAGAUUGGUGCUGGAACGGGAUUGGUUACAAUAGUGUGCAGCAUUCUAGGUGCAAAAGUGACGUCCACCGACCUCCCAGACGUCCUUGGUAACCUGCACUACAACGUGAGCCGCAACACCAGGGGACGCUGUCGCUACGAUCCCCAUGUGACCGAGCUCACCUGGGGGCAGCAGCUAGAAGAGCGUUUCCCACGCGCAUCCUGUCGCUAUGACUACCUCAUGGCAGCAGAUGUUGUCUACUCCCAUCCGUACCUCAACGAACUGAUGGAGACCUUCGAACACCUGUGCUCAGAGGACACGGUUAUAUUCUGGGCCAUGCGGUUUCGCCUGGACCCUGAGAAUAGCUUUGUGGAACGUUUUAGAGCGCGUUUUCAUUUGGAGGAGCUUUAUGACCUGCCCAGCUUGCAUAUCAAAUUGUACAGAGCGCAGAAGAACGUCUCAGGCUUGUAGAGCUUCUGGAGCUGCAGCGUAGAGAGGUCGGGAUGUAACUGGGGUGUGAUAAUAAAAUGCUUUAAAAACUUUCACUCGGCAGCUAACAAUAUUCCAAAUUAUUGAAUGUUCAUAUUAAUGUGUGUGUGAAUAAAGCAGAUACAAAGCUAUAUUCCCAAAAGCAUCAAUUUAACUAUGGUGCUUCACAGCGAACUGGCUCUCAGGCCUGAGAUUUGAACACAAAGCCUGCCAUUAGAACAGAUCUCUUUUAGACUCCUUUACUAAACAUCAUUAUUUAAUCCAGUAUUUCCAAGAACUGAAUCGAAACAGAGGUUAAAAUAGUUAAGACCAAACUGAAGAGUGACAGUUGAACUCAUCCUUAUGCGUUAAUCCACACACCCUCCUACCUCGGGCACUUUUCAUUCCUGGUGCAAACCCCUGGGCCCCUUCUCUAUUCCGCAUGUCUCGUCGAUGACUGUGUUGUAUAAAAAUAACCAGGAGAGACAAGGAAGAGCUACACAAACAAUACGAACCAAUUUAUCUGAUUAUUAUUGAAGAAAGCCAGCCAUACAUUUGCCAGUGUUACAAAUCUUGUAUAUUUGCAGCCAUGUGAAGUUUAAAAACUUCAACUUCUGGUUAGUUUCUCAGCAUUAAAUGAACUCCCUUUAAUGCUUAAAAGUGCAGCCUACUGCAGUCUAAUGAUGCUUUAAUCUGUGAGAUUAAAGAGUGUCUUAAAAUAAAAUACAUGAUAUUACACAUUUCGUGUAAAAAUAACUUAUAA